GAACUCAUUUCCUCCACCUUCUUUGACCAUACUGGUCUCUCUCUCUCUCUCUCUCUGGAGUGAGUCUCCAUAGUCUUGGAGAAACCCAAGCAGACAUUGUCAGUUCGAGACAGAAAAAAAUAGAAAGGAAAAAGAGGGUUGGAGAUCUCUCAGCCCUCUCUAAUGGUGAAAAGUCACUGUUCUUAUAAGCAUCCUUGCAUUGUAUCAAAACAUUGACUGUUCACUCAGCUCAGAUCUCUCCUUUAAUGGCUUAAAAGCUCAAACCAACGGUCUCUGGAGAAACCCUGUUGAGUUUUGCCUCAUUUUCUGGACUCUGCGUCCCUUUCUCUUUUAUUCGCUUCUUCUGUAACGGUUUGUGGCUGUUCAAAGCUUCGUCUUGAGCUACAAUGGCGGAGGCUACAGAGGCGAAAGCUCUGCCCGAAGCUGAGAAGAAGAAGGAGCAGACUCUUUCUUUCUAUAAGCUCUUCUCUUUUGCUGAUAGGUACGAUUGGUUACUCAUGAUCACCGGAAGCUUAGGAGCCGUCGUCCAUGGCUCCUCCAUGCCCGUUUUCUUUCUCCUUUUUGGUGAGAUGGUAAAUGGGUUCGGCAAGAACCAAUCGGAUUUGAGGAAAAUGACAGAGGAAGUAUCAAAGUAUGCUCUGUAUUUCGUGUUUCUUGGACUGGUUGUAUGCUUAUCAUCCUACGCAGAGAUUGCAUGUUGGAUGUACACGGGGGAGAGGCAGGUGAGUACGUUGAGGAAGAAGUAUUUGGAGGCAGUGUUGAGGCAGGACGUUGGGUUCUUUGACACAGACGCUAGAACUGGAGAUAUAGUCUUCAGUGUGUCAACGGACACUCUCCUUGUUCAAGAUGCUAUUAGCGAGAAGGUUGGGAAUUUCAUACACUAUCUAUCAACAUUUCUGGCUGGUUUAGUGGUGGGCUUUCUUUCGGCAUGGAGGCUAGCUCUGCUGAGUGUGGCAGUGAUUCCGGGAAUCGCUUUCGCCGGAGGAUUAUAUGCUUACACCCUCACCGGCCUCACGUCCAAGAGUCGCGAAUCCUAUGCCAACGCCGGUAUAAUUGCAGAGCAGGCCAUUGCCCAAGUUCGGACGGUUUACUCAUAUGUUGGGGAGAGCAAGGCCCUCAAUUCAUAUUCAGAUGCAAUACAGAACACACUAAAGCUUGGAUACAAGGCUGGGAUGGCCAAAGGCUUGGGUCUAGGAUGUACCUAUGGAAUAGCGUGCAUGUCAUGGGCUCUUGUGUUCUGGUAUGCCGGUGUUUUUAUCCGGAGUGGCCAGACUGAUGGAGGGAAAGCGUUCACAGCAAUUUUCUCUGCCAUUGUUGGUGGCAUGAGCUUGGGUCAAUCUUUUUCAAAUCUCGGGGCAUUUAGCAAGGGCAAAGCGGCUGGAUACAAGUUAAUGGAGAUCAUCAAGCAAAAGCCCACUAUAAUUCAAGACCCCUCGGAUGGGAAGUGUUUGACAGAGGUUAAUGGGAAUAUAGAAUUCAAAGAUGUAACCUUCAGCUACCCAUCGCGACCCGAUGUCAUCAUCUUUAGGGAUUUCUCAAUAUUCUUUCCGGCGGGAAAGACAGUGGCUGUUGUAGGUGGAAGUGGUUCGGGGAAGAGCACUGUCAUCUCUCUGAUAGAGCGUUUCUAUGAUCCAAAUGAGGGGCAGGUGUUGCUGGACAAUGUGGACGUUAAGACACUGCAAUUGAGAUGGUUGCGCGAUCAGAUUGGGCUGGUGAACCAAGAACCUGCACUCUUUGCAACUACUAUACUUGAAAACAUACUCUAUGGGAAGCCUGAUGCAACAAUGGUGGAAGUUGAAGCAGCUGCUUCAGCAGCAAACGCUCAUAGCUUCAUUACUUUGCUCCCCAAUGGGUAUAACACACAGGUGGGAGAGCGAGGAGUCCAACUCUCUGGUGGCCAGAAACAGAGAAUUGCAAUAGCCAGAGCCAUGUUAAAAAACCCAAAAAUUCUCCUCCUUGAUGAAGCAACCAGUGCCCUUGACGCUGGUUCUGAGAGCAUUGUUCAGGAAGCUUUAGACCGUCUCAUGGUUGGGAGAACAACUGUAGUUGUUGCUCAUCGCCUCUCCACCAUAAGGAAUGUCGACACAAUUGCAGUUAUACAGCAAGGGCAAGUGGCUGAAACUGGAACCCAUGAAGAAUUAAUCUCCAAAGCUGGGGCCUAUGCUUCGUUGAUUCGGUUUCAAGAAAUGGUGAGAAACAAAGACUUUAAGAAUCCUUCAACUCGUCGUUCCCGAUCAACACGAUUAAGCCACUCACUGUCCACAAAGUCUCUCAGCCUCAGGUCCGGCAGUUUACGGAACUUGAGUUAUCAGUACAGUACUGGUGCUGAUGGUCGGAUAGAGAUGGUCUCAAAUGCUGAAACAGACAGGAAAAAUCCAGCACCGGAUGGGUAUUUUUGCAGGCUGCUCAAGCUAAAUGCUCCCGAAUGGCCCUAUUCAAUAAUGGGUGCUAUAGGAUCAGUGCUUUCUGGUUUUAUUGGUCCAACCUUUGCCAUUGUGAUGAGCAAUAUGAUUGAGGUCUUUUACUAUAGAAACCCUGCCUCCAUGGAAAGGAAGACAAAGGAAUACGUUUUCAUUUACAUUGGUGCAGGUCUUUAUGCAGUUGUUGCAUAUUUGAUACAGCAUUACUUCUUCAGUAUCAUGGGUGAGAACCUCACUACAAGAGUAAGGAGAAUGAUGCUUGCAGCAAUUUUGAGGAAUGAAGUUGGAUGGUUCGAUGAGGACGAGCACAACUCAAGCCUUAUUGCAGCUCGCCUGGCCACAGAUGCUGCUGAUGUAAAAUCGGCUAUUGCAGACAGGAUCUCGGUGAUACUGCAAAACAUGACAUCCCUUCUCACAUCAUUUAUAGUUGCUUUCAUAGUGGAAUGGAGGGUCUCUCUUCUCAUUCUGGCUACCUUUCCUCUUCUUGUCCUUGCCAACUUUGCCCAGCAACUUUCCCUGAAAGGAUUUGCUGGGGACACAGCCAAGGCACAUGCAAAGACUAGCAUGAUUGCAGGGGAGGGUGUGAGCAACAUCCGAACUGUGGCAGCCUUCAAUGCCCAAGAGAAAAUCCUCUCCCUUUUUUGUCAUGAGCUCCACAUCCCACAGCUUCAAAGCCUUCGACGCAGCCAAUCGUCUGGCAUCCUCUUUGGCCUUUCUCAGCUUGCUCUCUAUGCCUCUGAAGCUCUCAUACUUUGGUAUGGAGCGCACCUUGUCCGCAAGGGAAUCUCCACCUUUUCCAAGGUUAUCAAAGUGUUUGUGGUUUUAGUCAUUACUGCUAAUUCAGUUGCAGAAACUGUGAGCCUCGCCCCUGAGAUAAUACGGGGUGGCGAAGCUGUUGGCUCUGUCUUCUCAAUUCUCGACCGUUCCACCAAGAUAGACCCUGAUGAUCCUGAGGCUGUGCCAGUUGAAUCAAUUCGUGGGGAGAUAGAACUUCGUCACAUAGACUUUGCAUACCCUUCGCGACCUGAUGUUACUGUGUUUAAAGACCUUAGCCUCCGGAUCCGUGCUGGCCAGAGCCAAGCUCUUGUUGGAGCAAGUGGGUCUGGGAAGAGUUCUGUUAUAGCAUUAAUAGAGCGAUUUUAUGAUCCAACUGCUGGAAAAGUUAUGGUUGAUGGGAAAGACAUUCGCAGGAUGAAUUUGAAGUCUCUAAGGCUUAAGAUUGGUCUAGUGCAACAAGAACCAGCCCUCUUUGCAGCUAGCAUUUUUGAAAAUAUUGCCUAUGGUAAAGAUGGGGCAACAGAAGCAGAAGUGAUCGAAGCAGCUCGUGCCGCUAACGUGCAUGGGUUUGUAAGUGGGUUGCCUGAUGGAUACAAAACACCAGUGGGUGAGAGAGGGGUUCAGCUCUCUGGUGGACAGAAACAGAGAAUUGCUAUUGCAAGAGCUGUUCUCAAGGACCCAACAAUACUUCUGCUGGAUGAGGCUACAAGCGCACUUGAUGCAGAGUCCGAGUGUGUGCUACAAGAAGCCCUCGAGAGGCUUAUGAGGGGUCGCACCACCGUGCUGGUGGCACACCGAUUAUCCACCAUAAGAGGGGUGGAUAGCAUUGGCGUGGUACAAGAUGGGCGGAUUGUAGAGCAAGGGAGCCAUGCUGAGCUUGUCAGCCGACCUGAAGGGGCAUAUUCCAGACUCUUGCAGUUACAGCACCAUCACAUAUGAUAUGAAAGAGAUUUUUUCCUUUGAUUGAAUUAAUGUGACCUUUGUUUGUUGGAUGGUAACAAUGUCUGGGGUCCGUUAACCUUUUUUUCUUUUUUCUUUUCUUUUUUUUUGGGGGGUUAAAUGAUAGUUGUAGAUAUGGGGAUGUGAAGAGUACAUCUGUAAACUUCCACUCCAUUCCCAAUGGAGGACCAAUUAUUAUAUAAUGUUAAAGUCUGCGGUGCAUAAAUCAAA